UGGUGGCGGGUGAGCGAUGAGGGUGAUGGCGAGGGUGAAGGGUGAGGAGAGGGUGCGGAGAGGAGAGAAUGUGAUAUAGGGGGAGAGAGAGAGUCAUAAUCACCAAAGUCAUCACUACCACCAUCAUCAUCAUUAUUACCAACGGCAUCACCAUCAUCAUUACUAUCAACACCACCAAAACCAUCAUAAUCACCAUCACCAACAUCAUCGUCACUAUCAUCAUCAUCACCCCAUCAGCAUCACUAUCAUCCUCACAGUGAAAACCACCAUCACCAUCAUUCCCACCGUCACCCUUAUCACGACCAUUACCACCAUAUCCCUCCUCCUCCCGAUUUGAGGGAGUGCAUGGUUGAUUGGGUGAGAUGGUGAGUAGACUUGGGAGAUGGUUGGUGGGUGAGUGAGUGCAUGGGUGAGUGGAUUGGUGGAGUGUUUGAGUUAGUGAGAGGGCGAGUGGGUAAAUGAUUGAGUGCGUGAUUGAGUAGAUUAGUGAGUGAACGAUUGAGUGCAUGGAUGAGUGAGAUGGUGGGUGAGUGGCUGAGUGGGUCAGUGGUUAAGUUAGUGAGUGAGAGGAUAGGUGAGUGGGUAAAUGAUUGAGUGAGUGAGUUCAAGUGUAUCGCAUAUGUAACCGGGUGUGGAACUCGGGAGAUCAGGACAGGAGUCUCAUUGGUAAGAGUGACCUGGGGCUGGGGGGGAUCUCUAAAAUAACAAAAACGACAAAGUAAGCACAGGGAAGAAUAACGGAGCAAAGAGAAAUUGUCAGAAAAAAACAACAACAACCACCGUGUUACAGACGGAACCGGAAAAAAACAGCGCCCCGAACAAACUCCCAAUACUGCAAGGGGGGAGACAGCGUCUGUAUACCCAUCUCACCCUCGUGUCCACGUGUUGGGGGGCUAUCUCGUCUACCCAGGGCCACCCGUCGCGGCGUCCCACACGACGUAACGACGACUUCUAUAAACAACACCGGCAGCCCACUCCUCCCGGUCCACCCCACCAUGGUUCCUGGGUUUGUCGUCACGGAAGCGGACCGGUAGCCGCUGCAAGCUGCGCGGAGCGUAAUAUGUUCAAAGCGGCUAACCAGCCGGAUCAUCCGGGCAGCUGCAUUCUGCACUAACUGGAGCCUUUGCACUAGUCCAAGUGGAAGCUCUGCACAGAGGGCGUUCCAAUAAUCUAGGCGUGUUGAGACAAAGGCAUGGACUAAUGAUUACAGGUCUGGGGCAGAGAGGAGCAUGCACAACCCUCUACUCUGAACGCAAUGACAGAGCCAGGUUUUUCAGGUAGGGGGGCAACCCCUCCAGCAAUGAAAAAUGAUAGUAGUUGCUAGUAAGUAAGGACUUGUCCCUUGCUUUUUAUUCGACGCGUGUGCGGCGAUGGCGCAGCCAUCGAUCGUGGGUCGAAUUCGAACCGUGUGUGAUCGGCAUCGCGCUCGCUGAAGGUGAAUGCCUUCAGGGAAGUCGUGUACUGUAUACGCAACUGCGCACAAUUCUGAGUCACUUAUAACUGCUUUAACGUUACUUAUUACCAAUUAUGGACUAAGACUAUUGUCCUGUCAUCUCACAGUGGCAGUGGGGGUCGCAAAAAGCCGAUUUAUUACUACUAAUAAACCCCAAUGAUCCGAUCUAAAUUAGGAUUUCUAUCGGAUCAUUGUGGGGGCACGUGCCACCCCACCCCCCCACUGGCUCCGCCAGUGUCUGAACGUAGCUAUGAGCUGUGAGCGCACGGUCAAGCUCUGAUCGAACAGAACACCGAGGUUGUGUACUUUGGACACACGGAGAGGGCGAGCUCUCCUAAUCAGUGGAUGAUCGAUGUGGCCCUGCCACGCUCUCAGACGCUGCUUUGAGCCAACUAUCUUGUACUCUGUCUUGCCCAGGUUUAAAUGCAGCCAGUUUUGUUUCAGACAAGCAUUCUUAAAGGGCAGGAAUUUUGGCGUCUGGAUCACUCGAACAUUGCAAAUAAUUUCUUUAGAACUGAUGGUUCUGUUUCGUUUGUUGUCAUCACCCCGCACCUCCGAUUAGCACGGUUGGCUAUGUACGGUGCGAAAUAAGUUCAACAUACAUACAUAGAAUUUGAAUCAGCAUCUUUAAACUCGAGGAAUCCAAUGAUUUAUUAAGAUAUUUUUCAAAGAUGUCCAGUAGGGGUGGGUCAGAAAGUUAUAAUAACAAACAGUCCAAACAACGGAUAGGGGUGUAAAAUAUAGGAAAGGUGUGCAAAUCACUGAAACUAGAUAAAUACUCAUUAAACUAAGUUUAUAACUACAAAUUGCAAUCGUAUUAUACUUCCUACCGAUUUUCAAAACUAAAUUCAAGCGUGAGCAAGGCAGUAAGAACAGUCCCAGAUCACACCAAGACAACACGGCAGUCCCUGGAUACAACUGCACAUGAAUAUUGAACUAUCGGUACAUGGGUAUGGAUCAACGUUCCAAUCACAUUUGCAAAUGAGGCUUUGUACAGCAUGAAUCUUCUGCUUCAGAACAUUUAUUGAAGGAAGAUGUAUGAUGUUAAGGGAGGAAACAAGGUUGUUCCAAAACGUUGGUGCUGCAAUGGCAAAGGCUUUGUCACCCAUUCCAAUUCUCAUUGUUGGCAUACUUCACAGGCAAUUAGAUGUACGUCUUAGGUUUCUUUUUAUUGACAGUAGGGUUUAUGAUUUAGCUAAUUAAAGCACAUAUUUGCAAAUAAGGUUUUUUUAAUCGUUUUGCAUCAAGUGAUAUGAGAUUGUAUUUAAUGUCGAGGUCACAUUAGUGGGUGCUGUAUGGUAGAUCCAAUACAAAUCGAAGAUCCGAAUGAUAAAUGGGGUUUAAUCUGUUAAGUGUUAGAUUAGUAGCUGAUUUGUACGCAGCGUCACAGUAGCUGUGAUGCCGCCGCCACAAAGCCGUUCAGCAGGCGCCCCAUCUACGACCUCGCCACCACCAAGCGGCUGAGCCAACCCCGCGUCCCCCUCACCUCACCUCACAUAAACACAGCCGCACGCAUUUCCCCCUCCCAUAGAGCUCCGAGGGGAGGUCACCUCGCCGACCGGUUUUUAUCCGAGAAGCCCUUAUCGGGAUUAACUUUCACGGUUUCCGGCGACAAGGGAAUUGGACGACCUCCCCCGACGCUACUUCGCACCGCGGCACUGCGACCGGCCUUAAGAUUGUAUGGUCGCGGCGAAGGGCAUUCGGCCACCGCGGUUGAAACGCAUCCCCCACACACACCCCCACGGGUCGACGAGACAGGCAGAGGAGGGACGGGGCGGCAUAGUUUAGCGUGCCAAAGCAGGCUCGAGUGCGUAGGUGCCAUUGUUGGGGAAAUUAAAGGAUAAAGCUGGAAUUGCAAAUAAUCAAAGAGGCGACUCAGGCGCAUAGUGCGCAAUUGAUGGGGCAAGUGGUGGAGACAUGCGGAGGCUCCGCGCUUAACUUCCACAGCAGGCCGUUGUGAUGGACGCCGCUGCAUAAUGUGCAUAACCAAGGCACCAUGCAUGAGAAAGGGAUUAAUUAGAAUAAACGCCGCAACACGCAGCACAUAUGAUUAGCAUAGCAAAGGCGCCCGGAACCGCCGCACGCGCCCUAACGGGCGUGCGCCCAUUGUUAAAGAAAAACUGGGAGGGGACGACCACAGGCGGAGCAGCAUCCCUUUGAUGUAGGGACGAUAAAAAGGGGGCGAAAACGGGGAGAUCUCUCUCUUACUCCAGCAUCAGGCCACGAGACGCUCUCCAGCCCAGCGACCCGGACGUCCAUGCGACGCAUCGAGGUACGCUACGACCACGGGAUCAACGGACCGCCGUGGGCACUUAACCGUGAGUAAAAAGGUGAAUUAGGAUCAUAAGCAGAUAAAUCGGGAAUAGGCAUAAAGGUAUCAGCGUAGGCCAGCCUCGUCGAUUCAUACUGACUCAACAACAAGUCCCAGGUAGCAGACAAUAAAUCAUUAAUAGCUGAUCGUGGCCUCGUGUGAUCUCGCUGAGAAGUGUGAACGCGUGUGGUGCUGUUUAUACAGCGGCUCGCCACGUGGGAGCGCUGCGCAGAGCGGCGCAAGAGUGGGUGUCGCGUGUGGAGCUGCGUGGGUGCGCGAACGUUCACUACGUAAAGGAUACAGGUGCGCGAUUGGUAACGUGGUUAUUCGGCGUGGAGGUGAGUACUGCUCAGGGCUGUAGACGGGCAUACGUAUAUUCGUAGCGAGUGAGUGCUGCGCGAAGCUGCGUGAGGGGGAGUAUGGGGUUUGAUUGAUGAUGCUGUGCGUACACAUGCUCGCAGCGUGGGAGCGUUGCGCGAGGUUGUAACAGUAGGGGCGUCACGUUCGAAUGCCGGCGAAACCCUAGCGGGUAUUAGGGCAGUGCGGUAACGCAACCGGAAUAGGGGAUGCAGGCGGGGGCGACCCCGGGGGCCAACGGCCCUCACAUAGCCACCAUGCCUUGUGUAACGCCCUUUGUUAUUUUUAAAUUUAUGGACGAGAUUUUAUGACGAUGUACCGUUUAGAUAAAGGUCUGAGAUGUAUCUAUGAAACCAUUUAAUCGUACUGUCUGACAAUUCUAGUUGACUGCGUCUUGUGAGUAGAAUACCAUGGUCCAGAGUUUCAAAACGCUUUAGACGAGGCAAGAAAUAGUCCACAGCAGUAGCGGCCUUCAUGCAGGUUACUGAAAAACAUUUUAAUAGAUCCAUAAAAGCUGUGGUGGCGCAGUAAUCCUCAUGGAAAGCAGACUGUUUACUGUAUGGGAGAUGGUGAGUUUUAGGUAUCCGUCUCUUCGUGAUUAAAGUAAAAAAAAAUUAGUAACUGUUGAAAGAAUAUAGAUUGGUCUAUAAUCAAUCUUACAACGUCCGCCCUAACUAAAAUGCCCACAUUCAGUGAAGCAGUAGCUGUGCAGGGUGCAAGGGUCACAUUAUAAAGGUGUUCAUAAACCUUACCUUAUGGCAUGCAGUCCCGUAUUCUUAGUCUUGCAAACAGCCUAUUAUCUCCGAAGAAUAAUAAAGCAUUUCCAGACUUUUAAAAGAUUGCACUUUAUUCGUGCCGAGUAACCUAUUUUUGCGUACAAAAAUGCAACUGGCUGUUUCUUAAAACGUUCACAUAACAUCCUACUUUUUCACAUAUCCACCAAUGAUUCAGACCCAAGUGAGUCAGACACGUGACGGUAUACCACAAACAUUUCAAUAAAAAUCCUCAUUCUGUCCCAACUUUGUGUUGCCGUUCCAAUCCUUAAGCGGAGAGGUAAUUCCUCAAAUGAUUACCCGUACCACACGACCGUUCUAUUUCUAUACCCUGAAACGUAGUCAAAUAAUCCCCACAACCCGCACAGCGUGCAGCGGCCUUCAUCCCGCAGUGGAUUAACAAAAGGGCUGUACACGGACAGCAUAUUGCAUUGUGGUUAGGAUACGGAAUCAAGAAUUCACGAACGUGUGUUCAACUUGUUUCGCAACGUACAUUGCCAACUGUCCAAAUCGGUACGAAUUGUUUUCUGUGAAAAAAAACACAACUUGACGUAAGUUAAGUUACGUCGACACCAGAGCAAUCAUUUGCAUGCAACUUGGCAACUUGGGUGUAUGCAACGGAAUCGCUUCUACAUGGACGUAUCUGCAACAUUUUGCUCACAGUGUAACGAGACUACUUUCAAGCAUCUCCUUAGAGAUUCAUAUCAACGUAUCGCAUCAUCACACGCUGCACAGUUCUGAAUUGCGAUAAAGAGUUACAAUCCAGAUGCAGGCGAGGAGUCGUAGUAACCAGAACAGGGGGCAGACAUGUUAGUCACUGAGACUUGUCUUAUGUUGUGCAACUACUCGCACAGAUUUUGGCAAAAGAAACUGCAGGUUACGAGAUCGCACAAUUUCUAGUGAUUUGGUUGCGCAACUCAUCUCUUAUUUUGAUUAAGAAAAUGUGAGACAAUCAGUUUUGUCAUUUUCCAAAUUGUAUCAUUCAAUCCGUGUUCAUAAUCAUCAGCAUCGUCCUUACCACUGAAACAUGUAGGAUCAGUAACACGUUACCUUGAUGAUACAAUACCACGGUAGAAGCAGUAAAUGCUUAUACAGUAUGUGGUUAAUUUAAGCGACAGCUGAUUGUGGUGUACCUCGAGACAUCUGUCACUUCUACCUUACAGUACAUCCCCUGCUCAAAGGAGACAAACUUAACGCAUGAUUCAUGAAUGCACGAAACAAUAACGCUGCCAUGCGCCCACAUACAGCAGGAUGGAUACGAUAUGGAGGUGUCAAGAGGGAAAUACUCCACAUAUUCAAGGGCUUCUCAAUCAAAAUUGAUAGUUUGGGGAUGUUUGGCUGUUCCAAUCACGGUUCUUAUCUUAAUGACAUUUAUAUAGCACAUUUACGAAGGCGCUUUACAGCAAUUAUAAAAUUGUAUACAGCAUGAUAAAUGAAAUGAAGAAUUGGGUUAUUUAAGGGGCCGUUGUUAUUUCUAGAACGCAGGCUAUCCCAUGCUUGUGGAACAACGACUUUUGGAAUAAAAUGCCCUCAAAAAUUGACGCAGUAGAUGUGUAAUGGAUGCCGUCGGGGCAGCGGAUAUUUUUUUAUGGAUCCUGUUGCAAGGGAGGCGAGUGCAAUGUCGCCAUUCAGGCAUUGGUGAGGGAGUCAGUAGAGAUCACCGCUGGGCAUAGAGAUGUUGGUUCCCUUGCGGUACCGGAAGCAGUUGCAUUCGGCCGACCCAGAUGCGGCAAUUCUCCUGAAACCAUCCAACAGUGUGACACACGAGCUUAUGCUGUCUCAUUAAUCUCCCCCCGCCCCCCACUUUGUGCAAGAGCGCAAAAGUGUGGUCACCACAUCUACGCCUCUAAAUAAGGAGCUAAACAGUUAGACUUCUCUACAAAUCUGGCUGUCGCCUGAUGAAGCUAGUUGUAAUUACGGACGAAACGUCGUACUCAGAUUGUAGAUGUUGUGGCUUGGCUCUCCAACACACAGGUGUGCUGGACUAGUGACGAAUUGGCAUGUUCUGUUGACGUGACAACACUUACUAGUUGGCUGUGUCGGGUGGUGGCGGGUUUUAACUACACAUUUAUAUAUCUACACGAUCUUAAACACAAGUACUGUGUGGUUAAUGAAGACAUUAUUCCUUCCAAAAGUAUUUGUUUGGUGAUUGAACAUCUUAACACAACUGAUUUGUUGCCAGAAAGGGUAACACUUAUUCGUAUAUUUUAAUACUGGCAUGGGAGGUCCCAUGAGGUGUUAAGAUGUUCAUACACAAAAUGGAUGCCUUUUGCAACGAAUAAAGUCUGCAUUAACUACACAAACUUAUUUGGUGUUUGAACAUCUGAAAACAACUCCUGUUUUAUUGCCAGAAAGGGUAAAACCUAUCAUUAUUAUUUUCUCACACUUUGAUACCAGCAAAAAAAGGUCCUAUUUUUUUUUUACGCGCUGAUGUUGAUGUGUUACGGCCAGACUACCCCUGGGGCGCCUGCCCCCCGCCCACGUGAGCGUUUAACGGUGCCGGGUUCAGCAAAGGGCCUCGCCCGGUGGUUUGUGACUCCAUAAACUGGACCCUGAGCCGCAGCCCCAUGACCGAGUUAUACACGGCAACUCCCACCGGUGUGUCACAGCUCGACAACUGCAUCGCGACUUUGAGACAGGAAUACAUUAUUUUCAUGAAGUAGUUUAAAGUGUUAAACUUAAAAGAAAUAAAGUGAAGCCGGAAGACGAAGAUAACAACAACAAUCAAUCAAUCUUAAUUUGGAGCUUUCGUGACUGCAGGGAUUACUGUUUGGUUAUUUCGGUAAAGUCAAGUAUGAAGAUAAAAUAAUAAAUUAAAUAAUAGCAUACUACGACGUUUCGAUUGCAACACAAGCAAUCAUAAUCAUGUAUAAAAGAAAUAGCAACAAAAAUCUAAGCAAAAAACUAUAUCUGUCUGCUUAUAUGUCUGUCUAUAGUUUUCUGGUUAGAUUUGUGUUGCUACUGUAUUUCUUUUAUACCUGAUGAUUAUUGCUUGUGUUGCAAUCGAAACGUCGUAGUAUGCUAUUAAUUAAUUCAUUAUUUUAUCUUCAUACGUGACUUUAUCGAAAGAACCAAAGAACAACAACAAUGUCGUGGAGUAGAGCGGCAGGGAGCAACGAGUUUACUAGCAGCGUUCUCCUGACAGUUCAGCUAAGACGAGUUGAGGUGAGGUUAGUUGGUGAGGUGAGUUGUGAUGAGGUGAAUGAGGAUGAGUAUUUGAGACGAGGUGAUCCGAGUCUUCUUUUUUAAGCCACCCCUGGAGUGGAGACGUCUGUACUCACUCACACGUCAACACAUUCCAGAGCACGCCUCGUGAUAUGCCAAUAAAACUGGAAGACUUCCUUCUUCCUUGUCACCUAUUUACGUGGCUUGUUCCUCGGUUAGCAUCUCAGACGCAGCCAGCGACUGCCUGAGAAACAGACAGCGAAUGCAUGAGCUACAGAGACUGCCUGAGAUACAGACAGAGACUGCCUGAGAUACAGACAGAGACUGCCUGAGCUACAGACAGAGACUGCCUGAGAUACAGACAGAGACUGCCUGAGCUACAGACAGAGACUGCCUGAGAUACAGACAGAGACUGCCUGAGCUACAGACAGAGACUGCCUGAGCUACAGACAGAGACUGCCUGAGCUACAGCCAGAGACUGUCUGAGCUACAGACAGAGACUGCCUGAGCUACAGCCAGAGACUGCCUGAGCUACAGACAGAGACUGCCUGAGCUACAGACAGAGACUGCCUGAGCUACAGCCAGAGACUGUCUGAGCUACAGACAGAGACUGCCUGAGCUACAGCCAGAGACUGUCUGAGCUACAGACAGAGACUGCCUGAGCUACAGACAGAGACUGCCUGAGCUACAGCCAUCAACUGCCUGAGCUCCAGCCAGAGACUGCCUGAGCUACAGCCAGCGCCCGUCUCUGAGUGAAGCCAUUGGGCCAUGGCAAGUGCAGUUCCCAGUGGUAGCGAGGUACCAGGGGAGUUGACCUGCCCCAUCUGCCUGGACGCCUUCCGCUGCCCCUGCACGUUCAGCUGCGGCCACUCGUUCUGCCUCAAGUGCGUGGAGGACGCCUGGAAUGCGGCAGAGUCCUUCUCCUGCCCGCAGUGCCGAGUGACCUUCCCUCGGAGGCCCAAGCUGAGCAAGAACGUGACGCUCACCAACCUCAUCGAGCAGCUGCGAGUGGCUGAGCUUAUGGCUGCCGAUUCUGCUGCUUCUGCUGUUUGCUGCGAUCAUUACAGGAAGCCCGCAGUGAAGAUUUGCCUAAAGUGUGAUUCGUCGUUCUGUAUGACCCACGUCGCGCCCCACCGGCAGUUGGAUCAUCGGGAACACGAGCUCGUCACUCUGAAGGUGGAGCACGACAAACGAAAGAAACAAGUGGGAGAGGAGACGCGGGCAGUGGAGGAGAAAAGGAAGGAGGCGGAGGAGUCCGUGAGGCGGAUGGAGGCCGAUCGCAGGGACGUGCAGGGAUCCAUGACAGAUGAAAAGGCCUCAAUCUCGGUCAGAUUCACCCGCGCGAGAGUAGCGUUGGAUGUGGAGGAGAAGGCGGCUUUAGAGCAAGCGGAGCAGAAAGGGCGCGAGCUGCUGUCCCAGAUCGAUAAGAAGAUCGCUCACUACCAGCGCGACAUCAGCGAGCUCCAGACAGCAGCCACUCGCCUGCAGGCCCUAGCGCAGGAGAGGGACUCGCUCGCGUUCCUGCAGGGGCACCUGGAGGAGAUGCGCAGGGCAGGGAGGGUUACAUCAGCUCCACCCUCAGCUCCCUGCCAAGAGGACAUUGCCUCACUUAAAGUCCUGGAGACAACUGCAGUCAAACGCUUGUACGGAUGCUCACCGACUCUGGACACAAACUCAGCUAAUAACAAACUAAAGAUCUCCUCGGAUCUCAGGAGGAUAACGCUGACCGGUGACUCCCAGGGUCGCCCCGACCACCCACAGCGGUUUAAUUACUGGUCACAAGCCCUGUGCUGUGAGAGCUUCUCGUCGGGCCACCACUACUGGGAGGUGGACGUGGGGGACACGCGGCGGUGUCGGGUUGGAGUCGCGUACGGGACGAUCCCACGGAAAGGGGAUCGUGCUGCACAGCAGCUGGGAGAGAGCGACGCGUCCUGGUGUUUAGAGAAAUGUGACGACAACUUCUCAGUGUUUCAUGGUGGAGUGAAGACUGCACUGUCGGUGGGGGGGGCCCCCUCCCUCCGCAGAAUCGGGCUUCACCUGCACUGGGAGGGGGGGCUCCUAGCGUUUUACCGCGCCGACUCCAUGGAGGUGAUCCACGAGGUUCGGCAGAGAUUCUUGCAGCCUCUCUACCCUGCGAUGUGUGUGGGGUAUUGUAAUGAUCGAUUGAAGAUCGUGGAUCGGAGUCAUGCAUCCUGAGGAUUAAGAGAGAUAGAAACCCAAUAAAUGGUUGAGAGGGUGGAUGGUGAGGAGAGGGCGAAGUGAGGGUGAGGGGAAGGUGGAACGGAGGGUGAGGUUAGUUUCAAGUUCAAGUUCAUGUAUUAGGUGUAGCCCUGUGAGCCAUUCGGCUCUUGAAUCGGGUGCAACCGCAACAAACAAAAAAACUAAAACAUGAACAAGAAAACAUCUUAAAGUGAAUAUGUGACUGAGUGCAAACAGAAAUCCGAGAAAAGACAGCAAAACAUUGCAGAAAAAAAUCACCGUACACCAACGCUGUGUGCAAAAAUCCCAGUGGGAUGCAAGUCAAACAACCAACAACAACCACAAGACAACUUAGAUUAAGGCCAUCAGUCUAACUCUGUACUACAACAAACUAACAUGGCUAAACCAAUACACUUUUCGAAAUCACCAAAAUAAAGCCAUGAAAGCAAUGAAACAGUGAUCAUAGGAACUGUGACGGAAUUUUCACAAUAAAUGACAUAAACAACAUGUAACCCAUCAUGGGACCUCCUUUGCCAGUACCAAAAUAUACUAAUAGGGGUUUUUCCCCUUUUUUUCUGGCAACAAAACUGACACCUUUUGCAAGGAAUCAUGCUUACAUU